ACCUCGCGUCCUGCAGGGGGCGGUAAUGCACCGCGGCGCUGUUUGUGAGCCGCGGUAAUCCCUCACAGGAAGAAAACGGUCAGAGCGGCUAACCGAUGCUAACGGGGCAUAUGUCUCAUUACCGGAGGCAGUUAGCCAUGUAGUUAACCGACGAGGCGUUUAAAAGAGGCACAAAUAGACUAAUAGAGACUCCGGGUAACGGAUCAGACGUGACGACGAGAGGAAAACACGACGAGGAAAGACGAUGCAGGCCGGUGACCCUGUGGUUGGUGCACCGAUGGCGGUAGCUGGUGGCCAGAGUCGGUCGGAGGACGAAGAGUCGCUCGGAGUGAAAGAUGUGAAAAGGACGGCGGCACAAGCGUUUGGUAGUGGUGGUGUCCCCAAGCGCAGAAGUUCCUCCAGGUCAAUAAAGAGGAAGAAGUUUGACGAUGAGCUGGUGGAGAGUAGCCUCGUGAAGUCGUCCAGCAGAGUCAAAGGCCCUCCUGUCAUAGAGCCUGUCCGCUGUUCAGGGAGUGAACUUUCAUCUAGUGAGAGAAAAAAGGUCACAAAGUCAGGAACCGCUCUCACGCCGCCUCUCACCAUGGUCGUAAACCCUGCACCCAUCACUAAAAGAGUAAAGAAAAGCAAGCAACCUCUACAUAUCACUAAAGACUUGGGACGAUGGAAACCCACUGAUGACCUGUUACUUAUAAACGCAGUGUUGCAGACGACAGACCUAACUUCUGUACAUCUGGGGGUGAAGUUCAGCUGUCGCUUCACACUGCGGGAAAUUAAAGAGAGGUGGUACGCUCUCCUCUACGAUCCUGUCAUCUCAAAGCUGGCAUGGCAGGCCAUGCGUCAGCUUCACCCAGAAGCCAUUGCAGCAAUCCAAAGCAAAGCCCUCUUCAGUCAGUCUGAGGAGGCACUGCUGGCUAAGAUUGGAUCAACGAGUCAGCCCAAACUGGACGUGUUCCAGGAGAUUCUGAGCAAACAGCCCGGUGUCUUUCACCCGUCUCGCACACCCAAGAGCCUGCUGGUGCACUGGCAGCUGCUAAAGCAGUACUACCUACUGGAUGACCAGAGCGUUCAGCCUCUCCCUAAAGGUGACCAGGUCCUCAACUUCUCUGAUGCCGAGCAGAUGGUCGAUGACGUGAAGUUAAAGGAGAGCAGAGAUGAAGUGUUGGAACAUGAGCUGAUGAUUUCCGAUCGUCACCAGAAACGGGAGAUCAGACAGUUAGAGCAGGAGCUGCCUCGUUGGCAGGUCCUCGUGGACAGUAUCACAGGGAUGAGCAUGCCUGACUUUGACAACCAGACGUUGGCAGCGUUACGAGGACGAAUGGUGCGCUACCUCAUGAGAUCACGAGAGAUUACAUUGGGCAGGGCGACCAAGGACAAACCCAUUGAUGUAGAUUUAUCACUAGAGGGACCCGCCUGGAAAAUAUCAAGAAAACAAGGAAUUAUUAAACUGAAGAAUAACGGAGACUUCUUCAUCGCCAACGAGGGAAGACGACCCAUCUACAUCGAUGGCAGACCGGUCCUGUCAGGCAACAAGUGGAAACUCAACAACAACUCAGUGGUGGAGAUUGCAGGCCUUCGCUUCGUGUUUCUAAUUAACCUGGAACUCAUCUCACUAAUAAAAGCUGAAGCAGCCAAGAUGACACAGCAGUGAAUGUCAGCCAUCCGAGCAGAAGACUGAACAUGCAGGACGUACUGACGAUCCAGUCAGUCCUUCUGUGUCCAACACUGGUUAACAGUUUUAUCUCAUGAAGCACAGCAGUGCCACAACCAAUCAGACAGCCAUGUUAACCUGAAAUGUGAAUUUUAAACAGACUAAAGCUAAAUCCUGGUCAGUAACAGGUUUCACUUGUUUGGACAUUUUCCAUGUUGUAAUGUAGACACUCUCAUUGUAGAGCUUUGUUUUGUUUUUUUUCUCCAAUUUUUCAGAAUAUUGUAUUUAAAUUCUGUAGUAAAGCUUUUUCAAAAUAUUAAACUUGUAUACACGA